CGGGGUUGUAGUCACAUGAUGCAACGGUGGCCCCUUAAAGACACACUUGGCAUUUUCGUCAUUUUCAUCCGGACGGCGGUCGCAAAAUUUAUCAAGGAUGCUGACCAACUUCUCCUUCGGGGUUUCUUAGCUAAGCAUGCGGAAGCGGAGAACGUCUGGGGAGCAAGAAGAACGAGACGACGCGCUUGAGAACGCCCCCGAGGAGACAUCGCGGCCCGCGGCGGAUUCGGCGCUCGGCAUGAAGAUCUUCGCCGGCCCGCGCAGGGGCAGCGCCGUGGCCAAGGUGAGGCGCGCGGGCCUGUGGCUGCUGCUGGUCUACCUGUGCGUGCCUUUGCUGGUCAAGCUGUGUCCAUCCAUUCAGGCCAAGCUGGUCUUCCUCAACUUUGUGAGGAUCCCCUUCUUCCUGGACCUCAAACGACCUUCAGACGUGGGCCUCAACCACACGCUCAAUUUCUACCUGCAGCCACAACAAGCUCUCAACAUCGGAGUGUGGCACACGGUUCCUGCAGGCAUGUGGCAAGAUGCCCAAGGCAAAAGUCAAGAAUGGUUUGAAUCUACACUGAGCUCUGCCCACCCAGCCAUCCUCUAUCUCCAUGGAAACACAGGGACCAGAGGCGGCGACCACCGCGUGGAGCUGUACAAGGUCCUUAGCUCGUCGGGCUACCAUGUGGUCGCCUUCGAUUACCGAGGCUGGGGCGACUCUGAUGGGUCGCCGUCGGAGGGUGGCAUGACGGCGGAUGCGCUCUUCGUGUAUCGGUGGCUGAAGGAGAGGCGGGCUCAAGGCGGAGUGUACGUCUGGGGUCACUCGCUGGGAACUGGCGUGGCCACCAACCUGGUCCGGCAGUUGUGUGACAGAGGAGGUCCUCCAGACGCUUUGAUUCUGGAGAGUCCUUUCACCAACAUCCGCGAGGAGGCCAAGAGUCACCCCUUCGCCACGGUGUACCGGUACCUGCCUGGUUUUGACUGGUUCUUCCUGGAUGCCAUCACCGCCAACGACAUUCGCUUCGCCAAUGACGACAACAUCAACCAUAUCCGUUGUCCCGUCUUGAUUCUGCACGCCGAGGACGACCACGUGGUUCCUUUCCACCUGGGCAAGAAGCUGUACGAGGCGGCGGCCCGCUCCCGCAGCUUGAGCGGCCACAAAGUGAACUUUGUGGCCUUCCCGUCGUUGCUGGCCUACAGGCACAAGUUCAUCUACAGGAGCCCCCGCCUGCCCAGCAUCCUCAGGGAUUUCCUGGACACGUCCCCUCGCAGCAAAGAGUGAACCUAACCCUAACCCCCCCCCACCGUUGCACACUGUUGUCAAUUAGUGCCGACGGCGACGCGUUGAGCCGCAGCCGUCGUCACCGAGGUCAUGUUUUAAUAUAAUGAUGCUGCUGGUGUUGCACUUGACCGCUGAAUAAAAUGUUUGAAAUCCGA